AUCGCCACUGGUUCACCCCUCCUAAUCCACCAUCACCAUCACCAUCACCAUCACCAUCACCAUUUCAACUCUUCCACUCUAUUUCUCUAUACACUUCUUGUAACACCGUGUUAAAACAGUGAUGAAAGAGCAUUGAAAUUUGAGUUUGUGUGGGUGAGUGUGUUGUUGUGUAUGAAUUGUUUGAUGGAUGAAGAAGGAGAAGUUGUGAGAAAACAAGAACAUCAUGGUGUUAAUUUACAUAGCUAAUUCUUCUAUUCUUUAAGAUCCAUUUUCACUCAUGAAGAGACUCACCACCUCAGAUUCUUCUUCUCCUCUCAUCACAAUCUCUCCAUCAACAGAAGAACAUAGUCCGAGGAACAAACAUGUGUAUGGUAUGGAGUUUCAAUCCAUGAUGUUGGAUGGAUUCGAAGAGGAAGUUUGUGUUGAAGAAACGGGUCAUCACUCUGAGAAAAAGCGUCGACUAAGAGUGGAUCAAGUUAAGGCCCUUGAGAAAAACUUUGAAGUGGAAAACAAGCUUGAGCCUGAGAGAAAGGAGAAGCUUGCCGUAGAACUUGGGUUGCAGCCUAGACAAGUUGCUGUUUGGUUUCAAAACCGUCGUGCAAGAUGGAAGACAAAACAGUUGGAAAGAGAUUACGGUGUUCUUAAGGCUAAUUAUGAUGCUCUUAAGCUCAAGUUAGAUGCAAUUACUCAAGACAACAAAGCUUUUCAUAAAGAGAUUAAGGAACUGAAAUUGAAGCUGGAAGAAGAAGAAAAAAGUGCAAGUAGUGUUUUGGUGAAGGAGGAGAUGAUAACAAUGCCCGAAUCUGAUGAAAACAAGCAUAACCCGUCUUCGGAAACAUCGAUUCCUAGUUUAGAAUCUAAGGAUCAUUUGAAUUAUGACAGCAUGAUCAACAACAACAAUGAUUUUGGUGUUGGAGAAGCUUCUUCACUCUUUCCAGCAGACUUGAGAGACGGUUCAUCUGACAGUGAUUCUAGCACAAUUUCUUCAUCCGGAGGAAUUCUUCAAAGUCAUCUUUUGUUGUCUCCUGAUUCAUCCUCCAUGAAUUGUUUUCAAUACCAGAAAUCUUAUCAUGUGAAAAUGGAGGAACACAAUUUCUUGAGUGCAGAUGAGGCGUGCAAUUUUUUCUCAGACGACCAAGCACCAACGUUGCAAUGGUACUGUCCAGAUCAGUGGAGUUGAACUUAAUGGAAGAAAAACGAUCAAGAGAGAAAAUGAUACCUCAAUUUCUUUGUAAAAUAGGGACUGGUUUGGUAGCAAAACUAUGGCUAUGUGUUGUUCACGUGAAUGAAAGAACAGAGAAAUGGCUGGGCAGGGUGCUUGUCCCAGUUAAGGAUGUUUUUGGUUUGGGAUCAAGGUUUGAUUAUGGCUAUGGUAAUGGGGUUGAAUAAUUAUUAAGUGGUAAUGAUGAAAACUAAUGGUGUAAAUUAUUUUAAUUCAAGCAUAAAAAAAUUGCUUUAUCUUUCUAUUAUUUUACUUUUAAAAUUAAUAAAGUUCAAGUUUUGUAA